CCCGCCCCUCCCGUCGCCUCCGAGCCAAUGGGAAGGGUCCAUACUGCAGGGUGCGAAGGGGCCGGCGCCGCUGCCGAGUUGCGAGUCGGCGAAAGCGGCGGGAAGUUCGUACUGGGCAGAAGGUGACGGCUGUGCGACUUAGGUGAAAAUGCCUCGUGUAAAAGCAGCUCAAGCUGGAAGACAGGGCCCCGCAAAGAGACAUCUUGCAGAACAAUUUGCAGUUGGGGAGAUAAUAACUGACAUGGCAAAAAAGGAAUGGAAAGUAGGAUUACCUAUUGGCCAAGGAGGCUUUGGCUGUAUAUAUCUUGCUGAUAUGAAUUCUUCAGAGUCAGUUGGCAGUGAUGCACCUUGUGUUGUAAAAGUGGAACCCAGUGACAAUGGACCUCUUUUUACUGAAUUAAAGUUCUACCAACGAGCUGCAAAACCGGAGCAAAUUCAGAAAUGGAUUCGUACCCAUAAGCUGAAGUACCUGGGUGUUCCUAAGUAUUGGGGGUCUGGUCUACAUGACAAAAAUGGAAAAAGUUAUAGGUUUAUGAUAAUGGAUCGCUUUGGGAGUGACCUUCAGAAAAUAUAUGAAGCAAAUGCCAAAAGGUUUUCUCGGAAAACUGUCUUGCAGCUAAGCUUAAGAAUUCUGGAUAUUCUGGAAUAUAUUCACGAGCAUGAGUAUGUGCAUGGAGAUAUCAAGGCCUCAAAUCUUCUUCUGAACUACAAGAAUCCUGACCAGGUGUACUUGGUAGAUUAUGGCCUUGCUUAUCGGUACUGCCCAGAAGGAGUUCAUAAAGAAUACAAAGAAGACCCCAAAAGAUGUCAUGAUGGCACUAUUGAAUUCACGAGCAUCGAUGCACACAAUGGUGUGGCCCCAUCAAGACGUGGUGAUUUGGAAAUACUUGGUUAUUGCAUGAUCCAAUGGCUUACUGGCCAUCUUCCUUGGGAGGAUAAUUUGAAAGAUCCUAAAUAUGUUAGAGAUUCCAAAAUUAGAUAUAGAGAAAAUAUUGCAAGUUUGAUGGACAAAUGUUUUCCUGAGAAAAACAAACCAGGUGAAAUUGCCAAAUACAUGGAAACAGUGAAAUUACUAGACUACACUGAAAAACCUCUUUAUCAAAAUUUACGUGAUAUUCUUUUGCAAGGACUAAAAGCUAUAGGAAGUAAGGAUGAUGGAAAAUUGGACCUCAGUGUUGUGGAGAAUGGAGGUUUGAAAGCAAAAACAAUAACAAAGAAGCGAAAGAAAGAAAUGGAAGAAAGCCAGGAACCUGGUGUUGAAGAUAUGGAAUGGUCAGACACACAGACAGAGGAGGCCAUACAGACCCGAAGUGAGGAGUCCCAAGGAGCAAUACAUCGAACCAUGUCUCAGCCAGAGGCUAGCAGCAGCAGCUAUGACAGUUCAAGAACCAGAAAGAGAGUCCAGAAGUAAUUCAGAUGCUGUGAACCAGCUUUCCUUCUCUUUGUUUUCUUUUGACUUUUUUCUCCUUUUCUAUUUGAAGUGUUUUAUUUUCAUGGGAGUCUUGCGAGGUGGAAGUAAUAAUUAAAUACCCAUGUGUUCAGAAAACCAACUUUUUUUAUAAAAAUAAAUAUUUUGUACAAUUCAUUAAAGGCUAAUUUAUGAAAUUUCAAAAUCUUCAGAUUAUACUCCUUAAGUUAUUCCAAAGCCGUGUGUUUGUGAUGUUUUGGAGUACAUAUAUAUGAAAAUUAUUAUGAUAUGCACUUUUCUAAUCAUUGUACAUUUCUCAGAGUGGAUAAAAAUGUUUGACAGAGUCCUCACUUUUUAGGAAAUGCAAAGCUUAAAAUAAAAAUCUCUUUUGUUUGAUACAAACGCACA